AUGAAAAGUGAUUCCCAUGAUUUGGGGUUGGAUGCUAGUGACACAAACUAUACUCUUCUAAGAGAAGUGAAGUACGAGAUGGUUUUCACGCAUCCCGAAGCGUUUGUGCCUUGCAAAGAUGGAAUGGAGCUGUUCCAAAGCCCACUGUAUCAGCGCGCUGUUAUAGCAGUAAACAUCGAUGAAGCUCCUCCUCGGUCCAAAGUGAGGGUUAUCUUUGCUACUGUUGCCAUGGGGAUGGGAGUCAAUAUUCCAUCAAUACGGCAUGUCAUCCAUGUGGGACCACCUCGCACAAUAAUGGAAUACUUUCAAGAAACAGGACAGGCAGGACAGGAUGGAUGUUUUUCGCUCGCUCCAGGGGGCGGGAAGAUGAGAUACCCUGAGAACGAGGUUGUGGCACACCAGGGCAUAUUGCCAUGGUUCUUCCAAAUGCUUACUUUUGAAUAUGAACUCUGUAAUUAUCUCAACCCAAUAAAGAACAACAAACAAUGGUGCUUUGUUCUGAGCAUGAUAAAGUUCGCAAACAACACGUCUCAGAGAAUCUUAAAGUGCACAGUGUGUGGCGGCGACCAUUCUAUUUUUCACUGUGAGGAUAGGUGUGGCCACGGCGACAAUAGGCAAUGUUCGUGUAAUGAACGCCCGCCUCAGAAAAGAAAAAAGAUAUCAAAGUCAACAGCCUCCAGUCAACACCCUGCAGAUACGUCACACGACGAUCUAAAGAAAAAGUACAAGUUACUGCAAAAGGACUACAAAAGAGUGGGUCAGGCCUUCCAGAACCAGCAGGAACAGAGACAGGAGCUGACGGCGUUGCUAGAGGAAUGCGAGAAAGAGGCUGAAGAGCUAGCCAACCUUGUGUGGAACAAGGAUGAGGUCGUUAAAAACCUCGAGAGGCGCCUCUUAAACGCAAAGAAGGUCAUCGCAGAACUCCAAGCGGAGGUGCAACACAGAAACCAACCUGCGCCACAAGAAGACCCACCUGCAUCACAACAGCAACACCAGCAGAUGGCAGACAUUCACACCAGCACCCAGAGCCUGGCCAACAUACACAAACAAUAUGACCAGGUUCUCCAGACGAUGAAAGAGAACAGAUGCAGCAUGGCCUGUGUCUUCCGUCUUGCAGGCUGUCCUCGGAGCACACUACGAGACUUCAUGGCGAUAGCAGAACUGAAAAAGGUAGACUCAAUGGAACUGGACCUCGUCCUCCAUGACCAAGAAGUUAAAUCGGUGCGAGAUCUGGAGGUUGUCUGUUGCAAAAGACUUCAGUGCCACAUCCUGGUCAUGAUCAACAUGAGGAGAGAGGGGCAGCUGUUGCCAAUGAAGUUCGAGGCACGAUUCUACGAGUGA